AUGGCAAAUGAUGGUAGCAAUGAUGGGUGGAUCUAUGCAUCAGCUUGUGAGGAUGAUGGAAGGCAUGAUGUGGAAUUUCAUCCUGUGCUCGCCACUGGCAAUGCCGGUCGUGGUGCUUCAUUUGCAGUCUGCAGCACAGGAAUCGUUACGCAAACAUGUAUGGAAGUGAAAAGGGAAGAGGAGGAGGAGGUGAAAAGGUGGGUGAUGAUGAUGGUGGUGGAGGAGGAGGAGGAGGAGGAGGUGAAAAGUUUUAUGCAAGAAAACCAUUUACAGGGUCCCUUUUUCCAGUCAUUUGUGAACGUCAACUUCCUUAAAGGUGAUAACAUCGAAAUUAUAGUUAGCGAUGCGCGUUUCAGUGAAACUGGUCAUUACUACCGUGAGGGCAAGUUAACGGUAGUUUGGAUUAGGAAAAAGGUGGAUAGAGACAUACGGGAACUAGAUGGUGGCUUUGUGGGUACGUUAGCGACUCUCUGUCUUAGCCGACUUCUCGAUUACCUGGCAGGGGCAAUGGAGGAUGACCGUCUUGUUUCACAAGUUCCUUCUCCGGUUGAAAAUGUGUAUGUUCACUGGGCUGGGGCUUGGCAGGUGGAGGUGGAGGUGGAUGUUGGGGCUCAUCUCUUGUGGUUCUAA